GUGUGUGUGUGUGUGUGUAAUAAACAGAUAGAUUCCCUCUGUUUUUAUUUUAUUUUAACACCAUAUAAAAUAUUUUAUGCAUUUAGCUGCCAUUUUAAAGUCAGGUGAGUGGUUUACGAACACUUCAGCCAAUCAGAGAGCUGGAUGUGUUCACCUGGUGGCAUUAUGGGUGGCAUAGUUUAUUUAAACAGGAAGCUACUGACAUCCAAGACGCGAAAUUCAGGCGUGGUGAGGGUGGGAGAUGCCACAUGUUCGCCCCAGGCAUGGCGACGUUGUUUGACGAGAUCAGCCAUCAGCUGGACUUCUCUAGCUGUGAAGAAGAGGGGAGCAGCAGUGACAACAGCUCUGAUGACUGCACCUCCAGAAUCCGCAGCCCCAGGAUCCACAACCCCAGCUCUGCGUGCAGGACGCCCAGCAUCCAACGCCACCGCAGCAGAAGCAACACCCUAUGUUCCCCUGUGCAGUGCACCAGCCCCAUACCUUAUGCUUCCUGGAGGAAACUGAGGCUUUGUGACUCUCCCAGUACCCCCAAGAGCCUGUUAUCGAAGUCGUCCCAGCCUUGCUCCAGCACUAAGAUAGGUCGUCCUCAGAGGACCCUGCGUUUUGCCUCAUCUGCUGCUAACCUCAUCCAGGCACCCUCUGUCAACGUGAAUCCUUUCACCCCUGAAGCAGUCCGCAGGAGCAGCGAGCAGCAGUGGAAGAGCUGUUGUAGGAGUGAUGAUGACGAUGAUUAUGGACGCAGGUUGAAACACAGCCUGGCGUCAUCUGAGGAGGAUGAUGAAGCCUUUCUCCCACCAAAGAAAUGUCUCUGGUUUUACCACAAGGCCCUCCGUCUGUUUAUCUGGCAGAGGCGUGCUGUCCAGGCCCUCAUGCUGUCACGCUAUGAGAGUGAGUUCCUGGAGCUGGAGUGCAUCGGUGUAGGCGAGUUUGGGGCCGUUUACAAGUGUGUGAAGAGGCUGGAUGGUUGCUUGUACGCCAUUAAACGCUCUCGCCGACCCCUGGCGGGCUCUGCCAAUGAGCAGCUGGCCCUCAAAGAGGUGUAUGCACAUGCUGUUCUUGGGCACCACCCACACGUCGUUCGCUAUUAUUCAGCAUGGGCAGAAGACGAUCACAUGAUUAUUCAGAAUGAAUACUGUGAUGGUGGAAGUCUCAGCGAUGUCAUUGUGAAGAAGGAGAGGCAGGGUGAGCUGUUCUCAGAGGCCGAGUUGAAAGAUCUGCUCUUACAAGUGUCGAUGGGGCUGAAAUACAUCCACAGCUCAGGCCUCGUACACCUGGACCUCAAACCAAGUAAUAUAUUCAUUUGCCAGCGCCCCAGCACAAGUGCAGCAGGUGAAGGGGAGAGUGAGGAGGAAGAUGACCGAAGCACUUCAGCCGGAGUCAUUUACAAAAUUGGGGACCUUGGUCAUGUGACAUCAACCAAAAGUCCUCAAGUUGAGGAAGGGGACAGCCGCUUUCUGGCAACUGAGGUCCUGCAUGAGGAUUACAGCCACUUGCCCAAAGCUGACAUCUUUGCUCUGGGCCUUACGGUUCUGCUGGCAGCUGGCGCGCCUCCUCUGCCUCAAAAUGGAGAUGAGUGGCACAGUCUCAGAGAGGGGCAGCUCCCUAAACUACCAAAAGAGCUAUCCCCUCCCUUCAGAGGCCUGCUUCAGUCGUUGCUGGAUCCAGACCUGACGAAGCGGCCAUCUGCCAGGGAGCUUUGCAAGCACACGAUCUUGAGGCAGGAGAGGACUGGGGUGGUGGCUGCUCAGCUACGCAGACAGCUCAAUGAAGAGAAGUUCAGGACAGCCAUGCUUGAAAAGGAACUCCAGGAGGCUCGUCAGGCAGCUUUGUCACCCAAGCAGAGCCUCCUCCCUGGGCUGAAACCCACUGUUAAGAUGGGGUCUAUGCCCAAAGCAGGAAGGAGGCUUGUUGGUGGGAAGACUGCGCGAUCCAUGAGCUUUGGUUGCACGGGAUAUGGAGUCUGAUUGGAUGUUGUGAGGCCCAUAUGCCUGUCCUUUUUGCUCUGAUAUGCAACUCCUUCUGUAACCAGGCUGUGGUAACAAUGUAGCAUGUCUAAAUGACCUAUACAGCAAGGAUUUAGUUGGAACUGAUUGAAAUAACUGAGCGGAUGGAGUGAAAUUGUAAAAUAUGCAGACAGGGGGAGUGAGACUGGUUUAUCGCAAGUGGAAGUGGUGAGAGAAGUUGUGGGUGACUGUGGGGCUGUGAUUGUAGUGUCUAGUGGACUGAGCAGUGUGAAGCUGUUCCGGCCACAGACUGGCGAUCUCCCCCUUGUCCCCCUGCUCUUCCUCUCGUCUCUUCUCCUCCUCCUCCAUGAGCAUCCUGAAAGCCUCUUUCUCACUGGCCAGCCGCUCAUACUCCUGCAGAGCGAUAUGAGUGUUCAUAAGGGUGCAAAGCUGUGGACAGCAUUGGUUUUAAAGGACUAAUCUGCAUAACUCAAACACUUUCAGUGAUUUUCUGGCUGAGGGGAGUUGUUGAUGCUGCAUAUCAAUCAAGGACUUGUUUUUUUUUUUAACUGUAAAUAAACAUUUUAAUCAUUUUUAUC